CAAUGUAAACCAACCUGGGAUUGUGCAACUGUCUGGCUGAAGGGAGUUGGUUGCAAUGCAAAAAUAAAAUACAUAAUAAUGAUUAUAAAUAAAAAACCUUCUGUACGUUUUGUGUGGCAGGCAAGGUCAAGUUUAUAAUAUACCAAAGACGUGCUUUAAAAGCAAUUUAUUCAUCGCGAAUAGGGAACUUUUUUUUUUUAACAUGUUUCAACAAAACACUUAAGAGAAAAGAUACGGGCCAAGCCCCUUGAGCUAUACGUGACGUGUGUCAGGUUAGAGGGAACGUUUUAGCAGGAGAUGUAACAACUGGAGGUGAAACGAAUCGAGUUCCAUUGCAAUUAAACCGGGAGGUCAGUACGAUCUGUACCGUGUGUCUGUCAUUCCUACAAGCCCGGUGGAGUUGGAGAGGCGGAAUGGAUUGUUAAAUCAAAGGGCUGUCAUUCGUUACAAAAUAAAUCAGACGCAAUACUGCAUUUGCUAAAUGGUUAUUCAUAUUUUCAAAGCAGAGGUCAUAUUGCGAGGAAGUAUAAAAAGCAGAAACGCACGGUAGGUACACACACCCGUUUUAAGACAGAGUCGUGUGUCAAGUUUCUGAACUUCGCUUUGGGGCAGGGGUGGUGGAGACCUGAAGACAUGGAUAAAGCCGCCAAAGAGGGACAGCUGUAUGUCCAGCAUCAGAAAUUCGGCAAGAAAUGGAAGAAGAACUGGUUCGUCCUGUACCCUGCCAGCCAGAAUGGGAUUGCCCGGCUUGAGUACUUUGACUGCAGCAAUCCCAGCGAGAAGCUCAGCACCAAGAAACUGGACAAAAAGAUCAUCCGGCUGGCUGAGUGCAUCAGCAUCCUGCCUGCCAUCACAGAGACCUGCCCCAAGGAGAAUAUGGCUGCCUUCUGUGUGGAGACCAACGAGAAGAUCCACGUCUUCGCGACUGAGAAGCAAGCCAUGACAGAGUGGGUCGAGAAGUUGUGCGAGAUAGCCUUCCAGGGGAAUAUAGGAGACCUGAAGCGCAGCAGUGGCUCAGACUCCAGCAGCCCUUCAAACAACAAGUCUGAGAUGGAGAUGGCUGAGAACCUCAUCUACUACUCCCGGGAUGAAGUGAGCGAGUUCUGGGUGUCGAUGCAGAAGACGGAGGCGUCAGAGCGAUGUGGGCUGCAGGGCUCGUACUGCCUAAAAGCUGGCAAGGAGAGCCUGCUGCUGAAGGAGCCCAAGACCAAGCAGACCCUCUUCGCCUGGCCCUACAAGCUGCUGCGCCGAUACGGGCGUGACAAGGUGAUGUUUUCAUUCGAAGCCGGCCGGCGCUGUGACUCAGGCCCGGGAAAUUUCACCUUCGAGACGAAGCAGGGCAACGAAAUCUUCCAGAUCGUGGAGGCUGCCAUCAAGGAGCAGAAGGCGCAAGCAGAGGAGAACCGUCAGAGCUGCCCCUCUUUGGACUCGGACAGCCCGGACAGCCAGCAGAUACGCAACGCCAUUGCAGAGUCCAUGGGACGGGGAGGGGGAGGGGGCACAGCAUGGGCACCCCAGAUCAUGGAACCUGAGUCAGACACCCCUGCGGGCAGCAAGUCAGGCUCGGCUGACGGCAUCUUCACCAAGAGGGAUGGGCGGCAGGCAGAGGACAAGCUCCUCAAGGCACGCAGUCUGCCUGAUCCUCCAGGCCUGUCCUCUAAAUCCCCCAGCACUCCUCCUCGCUCCCCCCUGCCCAGACUCCCCAAGAGCUCAUCCCUGUUGGAGGACCAGGCUGGCCUCUACUCCGAGCCCAUGGAUGCGGUGCGACCACCCAAGCCCUUCAUGGAGUCCCUGUACUCUGACCCCAUGGACAGCAUCAAACCCCCGGCCCCUGCGCCCAGGCAGAGGCACACCACGGACGAGCCGAGCAAGCCAUACCCCCUCUACUCCGAUAUCAAUGACCAGGUCACCUACAACCUGGCACAGAAAACGCCCGGGUUCAUGUUUGAAGGAGGCAGGAACGGGGGGGCCAACCCCGAGGAGCACAUUUACGAUGAACCGGAAGGGAGGGCCAGGCAGCCAUCACCUGCUGACAGCUCCGUGUACGAUGAGGCUCGCCUGGGAGCCAAUGCCUGGAGGAAGCAGGGUUUGGAUGAUCAAACAGGCCAUGAGAUCCCCUACAACCCCAGCACUGAUGACUACUGCGUGCCACCCUACGUAAAUCAGCAGCAGCCGAGACCCAAGGGGCCCAAACCACUCCCAGCACCCAAGCCGCAGAUAGGCAGGAAAGAACCACCACCUUUGCCCUUGGGCAAAGCCAACUUCAACAACUCUAACAGCAAGGACAUUUAUAGCACAGUGAUGAAGAGCAACAACCUCAGUCUCUACCUGAGGAGCAGGGGCCGGGAGGACUUGGUAGAGGCUGGUGUCCCCAGGUCACCAGAAUCAGUUUAUGAGGACCUGGGAAGCCUUUAACCAACCUUCUUGGAUAGUCUUGCAGGAAGUGAAGAGCUGGAAUACUUUUUUCCUGGCCAGCAUUUAGUAAUUUUUCUUGUGUUCUGUGUGUUCACACACCUGGGCAUGAAUCUGCUCCUAGACCAUCAGGAGCAAUCAGCAGAUUUUCAGCAGUCAGUCUGCCAGGUCACUCCCAGAGAGGAACUGCACCCACUUGUCCCCAGCUGGCACUGGUACUUUGCACGUUUAGAGAAAAUUGCUUAUCCAGUUGUAAGGAAACUUGGUUAGCAUGUCUUCAGCACAAGUUAUUGAGAGUGCCAUGAUAUGAGGGUGCAUGGCGGAGCCUGCCUGUCUGUCUGCUGCUGCACUUAUUAUCAACAUGUCUCAAGGUUCAAGGUUUAAAUGACAUUUUAAAUGUAGCCAAACCUUAAAUCAGUCAAUAUGUGCCAAAUUGAACUGCCAAUCUGGGUCUUUUAUCACACCCUGGUAAUUUCUGUAAUCUACCAUUGCAUUUUUUUUUCUAGGCAUUGCAUUUGACCUGCUGUGGAAGAAAAGCUUUGGGAGCAGAAUGGUUUCCGAGUCAUCAAGGAUUACAGUUUUAGCACUGCUAAGCCAACUACAGCACUGCUUUCUAAUCCUUUCCCUUAAUUUUUUUUGUUUUUGGUGGAUGGGAAAUGACCAGCUACAGUACCUAGCUACUGACAUACAGUAUCAGGUCAGCCAGGAAUAAAUACUUUGGGAGAGUACUGUAGAUUUAUUUUUUCUAAAAUUUUUCCAAUCCAUAAACCAGGGACAAGAAGUGUGCCAUUUUGCUUGGGUUUGUGAGCGUCAUAGCAAGUGACAAGCGUCUAGCCUUGGUAUUGAUAAAUACUCCACAAAGCAAAGACUGCAUGUUUUAAACACCCCUUCGACAUGAAACUGCUGCGGCUAGAGAUGGACUCUUGAUUGCGAUUGUUGCUUACUGAAAUGCCAUUGUUUCAGUGGUAAUCUGUAGGCUGUGUGCUUUUACAUGAUAUCAGAAAUACUUAUGUGUUUAAUUGAUAGGGUGAGUAAAUCCUAUUUUAUUAGCAUUUUAUUAAUACUCCAAUCAGUCUAUUACCCCUAGUCACAUUGGAUAAUGUGCGAUCGUCACGUGUCGAAAACGUGACUGUAUAUGAAGUAAAUGGGGACCAGAUUGUUUCAAUGUGUGUUCAUUACCAUACGUUAUUAAGGUGAACAAGGUGAAAGUCAGUCAGUGCUACUCAUUUAUGGUACUUUCAAUACAUUCUAGUGCAGGACCUUGUUCCAACUGUGCCUUUUAAUUUUUUAAUUGAGCAGUCCAGACUCAGCCUAUUGACAUAGCUGGAACAAGGCAGAGGAUUGAAAUGGACUGACUUACCCGGCUUACACUAGCUAAAUAAUGCAUAUCAUGAAAUGCUGAAAUCAUUAAUGAAGUCCAUUGUGUGCUUUCAAUACAUUAUUUAGGAAGUGCAGAUUGGUUAAAAUAGACACAGAUGAGGACCAGUAGUCUGUAUGUAUUUUUUUUAUUGUGUGUUUUAAUGUAUUUGUUUUCCAUUUCAUGUCUGCUCACUGGUCAGACAUUAAGGUACUAGCUUAACUGUGUUAAAAACCAAGAAACCACUCCUAACAAGCACAGUCUAACAUGCUUCAUCAGUGCCCUGCUGAACCGCACCAGAAAAAUAUCCAGACACAUCUUCACUGGAUUUACGUGGGCCUGGAUUUGCCGCUUAAUUUAUAGGGUUAUGUUGUGAAUCCCCCUUGAUUUGAAACUAAAUAUCACUAUAUGUGAUUUAGGAUUAAAACGAAUGAAUACACUAUGUUACACAAUUUUUGUUCCUGGGUAGUAAGUGUUAUUUCCUAAUUGCUUAUGCCUCAAAAGUAUAGAAAAUGGCUAU